AUGCCCAAAGCAGCAAAGUCGCCGGGCGGCCGCGAGCAGCGCCACAACCCCCUCGCCGAGGAAUACGCCCCCUCGGACCCGUACAAGCAAAAGUCGGCCAAGCGCCAGAAGCGCUCCCGCGACGACGCCGAGGCCGAGCUGGGCUACGUCGACUCCAAGAGCUCGCGCAAGAUCCUGGACAUUGGCCGCCAGCUCGAGGAGGAGGACGAGAGGGAGAAGGAUGCGCGGCGGCCACCGGGCGCGAAUCCCGCCUUCGCCUUUGAGACGCGCCUGGGCGACGACGACGACGAUGAUGAUGCCGCUGCCGACGGGCUAGAGGGUCUGGACGACGACGAGGCCUGGGGCGACGACGACGACCAUGUGGACGACGUCGAGAUUGACGCCGACGACCUGGCGGCGUGGAACAAGUUCAUCCCCACAGACGACAACCCCAUCCAGUGGCCGGGCGAGCAGGCGCCGCCGUCUGGGCCGGGCACAGAUCUCGCCGCCCUCAUCCUCGACAAGAUCGCCGCGGCCGAGGCAGCGCAGCCCGAGGAGCGCCGGGAGAUCCAGGGCGGCGGCGCCCCAGAGGAUGCCAUUGAGCUGCCCGCAAAGGUCGUCGAGGUCUACUCCAAGAUCGGCCUCAUCCUCAGCCGCUACAAGAGCGGCAAGCUCCCCAAGCCCUUCAAGAUCCUGCCGGGCAUCCCCGCCUGGGAGACGCUGCUCGCCAUCACCCGCCCCGAGAACUGGACGCCCAACGCCUUCUACGCCGCCACGCGCAUCUUCAUCUCGGGCAAGCCGCAGACGGCGCAGGUCUUCCUCAACACGGUGCUCCUCCCCGCCGUGCAGGACCACAUCCGCGAAACCCAGAAGCUCAACGUGCACAUGUACAGCGCGCUGAAAAAGGCCCUGUACAAGCCCAGCGCCUUCUUCAAGGGCGUCGUCUUCCCCAUGCUCAUCGACGGCACAUGCACCCAACGCGAGGCCGUCAUCGUCGCCUCGGUCGUGGCCAAGGUCUCGGUCCCCGUGCUGCACUCGGCCGCUGCCCUCCACCGCCUCUGCGAGAUCGCCGCCGAGCAAAUGUCGUCGGACCCCGACGCCGCCGGCCCCUGCAACAUCUUCAUCAAGACGCUGCUCGAGAAGAAGUAUGCGCUCCCCUACAAGGUCAUCGACGCCCUCGUCUUCCACUUCCUGCGCUUCCGCGCCGUGGGCGCCAGUUCAGGUGACGCCAUGGACACGGAGUCUGCGGGUGGCCAUCUAGGGGGCACGGGCAAGCUGCCCGUCAUCUGGCAUCAAUGUCUGCUUGCUUUUGCGCAGAGGUACAGAAACGACAUCACCGAGGACCAGCGCGAAGCCAUGUUGGACCUGCUGCUUACAAGGGGCCACAAGAGCAUCAGCCCCGAGGUGAGGAGGGAGUUGCUCGAGGGCAGGGGGAGAGGCGUCGUCGCCGAGCCAGCGCCCGUGGGGGUUGACGGCGACGACACCAUGAUGGCCAUGGACGGGUGA